AUGCAACCAUCUGUUUUUUCCCCAAAUGCUUCCUCCUACCUGGGCCCCAAUGGGGAGCCCCCUCUGUCACGCACUGGCUUCAUCAUUCUCUCCAUCAUUAUGGCCAUUUUCACUGGUCCAGCCAUCAUACUCAACGCUACAGUGAUCAUUGUGUCCCUCAUGCACAAGCAGCUGAGGCAGCCGCUCAACUACGCUCUGAUGAACAUGGCUGUGGCUGACCUGGGCACUGCCAUGACCGGAGGGGUGCUGUCUGUGAUAAACAACGCCCAGGGGUACUUCUCCUUGGGAAGAACAGGCUGUGUGAUGGAGGGCUUUGCAGUGUCCUUGUGUGGCAUCACGUCUCUGUGCACGGUCGCUCUGAUCGCAGUGGAGAGGAUGUUUGUUGUAUGUAAGCCGUUGGGCCAGAUAACCUUCCAAAAUAAGCAUGCGUUUGGAGGUGUUGCCUUAUCCUGGCUGUGGUCUCUCACAUGGAACUUACCUCCCCUGUUUGGGUGGGGCAGGUAUGAGUUGGAGGGUGUCGGGACGUCCUGUGCGCCAGACUGGCACAACCGAGAACCUCAUAACGUGUCCUACAUCCUGGCUUACUUUUCUGUGUGCUUUGCCGCGCCCUUUGCCCUUAUCGUGGUAUCCUACACGAAGCUGAUGUGGACAUUACACCAGGUAUCAAAGAUGGCCUGUGUGGAAGGUGGUGCAGUAGCUAAAGGAGAGAUGAAGGUGGCGUCCAUGGUGGUCCUGAUGGUCCUGACAUUUCUGAUCAGUUGGUUGCCUUAUGCCGGCCUGGCCAUGCUUGUGGUCUACAACCCUGAUGUGGAAAUUCACCCGCUGGUAGGCACAGUGCCAGUUUACCUGGCCAAGAGCAGCACUGUGUACAAUCCUCUCAUCUACAUCUACCUCAACAAACAGUUUCGUAAAUACACAGUGCCCUUCCUGUUGUGUUGUAAAGAGAUCUCAGUGGACGAAGAGGGAUCAGAGACAACGACGACUGUGGAGAGUUCAACCAACAAAGUGUCUCCUGCCUGA